GGCGAAAUCUUGAGCGUUCCCGGACGACAAUCAAUACAUAUCAAAAUGAAGCCCACAAGCGCAUCGGUGCUUCUCAAUGCCUUCCAGGCGCUUCGAAUUGGAGGCAAGGCCUCUAUGCAACAGCUGAAGUCGCCUAUACAGCAGACUGUGCGCACCAUUGGCGCAUCAUUGAAAUCAAGCACCCGAGCUUUCUCAACCACAUCGCCUGCCUUCGGUACAUGGCUAGAGCCGAGCAUAAACAGAAAGAAGAAGAUGGCCAAGGGUAGACCGCGUGUGCCUACCGGAGGUUCAUCCAAGGGAACCACGGUUGUUUGGGGAGACUAUGGCCUGCGAAUGACCGAUCACCACCGCCGCAUCAGCGCCAAGCAUCUGAAGAUGGCUGAAGACACAAUUAAAGUUCGCCUUCGUGGAGAGAAAUACCGAUUGUAUAAGCGCAAGUGCUGCAACAUCGGUGUCUAUGUCAGCGGUAACGAGAUACGUAUGGGUAAGGGUAAAGGUUCUUUCGAUCACUGGGCAAGCAGAUUGGCAGUCAACCAAGUCCUGUUUGAAAUCAAGGGACGCAUCCACGAGCAGAUUGUCCGCGACGCUUUCCGCUUGGCCGGUAACAAGCUCCCUGGCCAAUGGGAAUUCACAAAGAAGGGCGAUGCGCCCAUUGUAGGCAUUACAAAGUUGGAUGGUAUCACGCUUGAGGAAUUGAAGCGUCCCCGAAAACAGGUUGCUCCCGUUGAGUUGAAAGAGCCGGCGCCCGAGACAGCAGCAAGCGAAGCUAGCGGUGCGCCUGCUCCAUCUCAAUCACCCUAAAAUAUGUAUAUAUAAUCUCCUUGUACUAUAGAUUAUACUGGCAUUGUAUGAUAGAUCGCUGUUGGUGACUCACGUGGAGAGCGAUUGAAUAGAAUUGACUUG